ACGUAUGCGAACGGCAGUUGGAGUGGUUGGAAGUUAACGAGUAGAGCGCAAUACACGUCAGGGCUCUUAUUUUGAUUCGUGGAGGGGGCUCACCUCGAAGAAACGGGUGGCUGAGUCCUAAGGAUUUGCCAGGAAAAGAAGUGAAGGAUUAUAGGUUUGAUAAUAAUAAGAUUAAACAUGAUACAUGCUGAAAAUGGGGAUGUUGUAUAUUUGGAACAGUUAAAAAAUCCAAUGGAGAGCGACGCGACAGAGAAGGCAGUGUCAAAAAAGUGCGAAGAGCAGCUGUCUUCGAUAAAUGCAAACAGCUGUUCGUCCUACAAAGAUGCAAAUCGUUCGAUAGAAAUGGCGCAAGAGGACAAUAAUCUGUGCUGGAAUAACCUUCCCAGCAUCAUUCUACAGGAAAUAUUCUCAUAUUUACCAUACAACUGCCGGUUACGAGCCUCCCAGGUGUGCAAAAAUUGGAGAUGCGCUCUAUUUCAUCCUCAUUUUUGGAAAAAGAUCACAUUUGUCCUGAAAGAUGAAGACAGUGUAUCAUGGACUAAAUGCCUGGCAAGCAAUUUCGAACUUAGUGUGCAAGAAGUUACAAUCAUCUGUGAUAUAUCAAAUUAUUGUGCGAAAGAAACGUUAGCCCUCUUGAAAAAGCUAAGAUAUAAUAGGCAACUUCGUAAAUUGUUUUUGGAACCUAUCAAUAGUACAUUCGAAUAUGAAGAUGGUACAAAAUGCACUAAAGCAUUGAUUUCUUCUCUUAUAAGCAUUAUAAAGAAAUCCAAUCGUUUAGAAGCUCUAAGUCUGGGAUGCAUAGAAGAUUUAAUAGCAAAUGCCAGACAAAUCGUGAUACAUCUGCGUAACUACCAGGCAAAGCACUUGACAACUCUUGCUUUGGCAUCUGUUAAGGAUGAUCCUGAUGAUUUUAACAUUUUCAAUGCUGGUUAUGGACAUCUGUUUGAUUCAUUUGCUAGAUUAUCUAUUUUAACAUUAGAUUAUGAAUUCCUAACCAAUUCUUUGCUAAAGGCAUUGGACAGUGGUACGAUGGAAAGGCUUGUAAUUCAUGUGCAUGGUUGGCAUUAUCAGUUUUCGGGAACAGCUGAUGGUAGUUGGCAAAGUUUUGUUCAAAAGAAUCCGAAAUGUGAGCUGCGACUAAAUCUUCUACAUUCUUAUAUUGGUAUUGAAAAAUUAGAUACAAGUAUACUUCGUCCUUCCAUGCCACUUACACAUUUAAAAGUACUAUUUUGUGAAAAUGUUAAUAUUAGAGCAUUGCAUCGAUUAUCCAGGUGGUAUUCGCUUACUUUAAAAUCUUUAAUAUGGAUCGAUUCAGUACAAUCUUCAGCAAAAGACAUACCAGCAACAUAUGACCCAAGUGAUCCUCAUAGCCCUGAUCCACUAGUAUUAGUUGCAUGGAAGUGUACCAAACUUAUGGAAAUUGUAUUCAUAGGCCACAAAUAUCAUCAAGAAAAUUUGUUGGCUAUUGCACGCCUACGCGGAGAUUCGCUUAAGUCGUUAGUAUUUGCACAGAGAUUCAUUGCAACUGAUGUUGAAUCUUGGCAUAAGGCUGAAACUAUUACACAUGAAAUAAAAGAAAUAAUGGGGAGCCAGUGGAAACCAUUGAGCGAUGAAGAUUUACCUGCAGUUGUUAAAAAUCCUUUCGAAGGUGAUAGCAGGGAAGUUAUCAUGCCUUUGGUCCUCCAAGACCAAAAGUAAAUUUUUAUUUGCACCAAGGAAAUAUUACUCCCCAAUACCAUACAUUACUAAUCGACAUCAUCAACAAUUUCUGGGCGGGCUACACUCUCAGAAGUAAAGUUAUAAAGUUAUAUCCUUUAUUUUUCUAUAAGAAUUGUUUUUACGAGAACUAUGGAUGUAACAUCAAAUGGUGGACAUGUGUAAAUUCGUAGUUUAAAAUCAGUAGUUGAUGGAUAUGUUGCCUAUCAGGUAAGGAUCACACAGUUCCAAUGUGUAAACAGCGAGGGUAAAAACGCACACAAGUUCUCCUUUAUAAUGAUUUUAUUAGUUCUUAUGAGGAUAUGAUAAGCUAUAGUUAAAAUAUGUCUUUCUUGAGUCCGCGAUGAGGUACCUAAAUUAAGUACGUAUCACCCCCUAUUUUUGUUUAUCGAAACGAAUAUCAAAGUAUUUCGUUGGUUUUUCCUACGAAAAAUCAUUUGUGGUACAAUCACGUUUUAUUGCUAACAGUGGUGAUCCCAAAACGAUCAAAAUAAGAGAGAUAAUAACAAUUAGUGAUCGUUCCUCUCAUCGAUGAAUAUUAGUGAGAAAAAAAGCAUAUGUAAUAUACGAGUGUAAUAAUAUCCUUGAUAGAUAUUAAGAAUGAAAGCAUUACAAGACGAUCAAGGUCUCACCUAAACGGACCUUCGAUGUGACGUAUACCUGUUGAUAUCACGGGAAAAUAAUUUCAAAUGUGUGUGAAGGGGAAUACUACCAAUUAAAAUCAACGCGAAACAAAAACAACAAGACUAGAUGAGAGAAAGAACUGAUCUCACGAUGUUCCACUGGAAAGCGUAACGAAAUUCCAAAUGUAUGUAAGUAGAAAUAUGUUAACAAAUAUUUUUCCAAUUCUAUGGGAAAUUUAGAUCGAAGCGAGCGCCAAGAGCAUGCAGUGUAAGAAAAAGUAACUAAACGAAAAAAAAAUAAAAUAUGUUGGACUUCGUAAAAAGAGAGUUUGCGAUUGAGUUGCGAUAGAACAAAAGAUGCACUCAGAAAUAUAAGAAGUCGAACAGCGAUCCGAGGUUAUUUUUAAUACCAAAACCAAUCGGACGCUCUUGUACAAAUAUUAAAUGAAUGUGUGCCGAGAAGAGUGCGGUUGAUUUGGUGGUACAGACAGUUAGACACACAGCAAAUACAAACUUUUGCGUGUCGCCUUAGUAAAAAAAAAAAAGAAAGAAAGAGAAUAUCGAUGAUAUUAAUGAAGAACUGUGCGACUUCCAAGUACCGUCUUUUCACCGUGCUCUUAGCGACCGCUGAAAACGAACACAAUUAUAGGUUUAUCUAUAAAAAACAAAUCAGAGGAAUUAGCUGCUAAUUGUGUAUGUGUAUAUGUAUGUAUAUCUGUAUUAUCUAUCGAACUUUAAACGUUAAUAUUCAGAUGCCACAUGCAUCUAUUUCUGUCGUGCGAUUAAUAAUGACGAUUUCGAAGAUUUAAAAGAAACAUGAAAAUGAAAGAAAACGAUUCACAAACACAAAGAACAAUACCAAAACAGCACUCCUAUACAGUUUAUUAUUCUGAAAGGUUAUUUACUUUUUUCGAGUCCUUAUAUAAUUAUAAUUAUUAUAUCGUCGUGUACUUGUAGUCACGUGUACUAUUGCUUUUUAUAUGUGGUUCUGUACAUAUACAUCCAUGCGUUUAAAAUAUUGGACACGCGCAGAAAUCGCGGAGUUGCGCCCGAAUUUAAUGCAAGGAAAAAAGAGGAAAGAAAGAAAGGAGAGUGAGAUAAAGGGAAAAGCAAUAUAUAGCGGAUUAUCCGAGAGAAAGAAAAAAGGACAAAAAUGAAUCGAUUGAGAGCUAGGCACAAAUAAUGAGAAAACUAUUUCUUUAAACAAUUUAAAAAGUGUUAUACAAAAUGAACGGGCCUUAACCCUUGAACUCGCGAACGGCGGUAGCUAGAUAAAUUCUGAUCCAUGCAAUUCAGUUUCAUUAUUAUUAUUAUUAUUAUUAUUGUUGUUGUUGUUGUUGUUGUUGUUGUUGUUGUUAUUAUUAUUGUUAUUAUUAUGUUCUAUACAAACAAAACAGCUAGAUCUUACGAUUUGUGUUUCCAAAUUAAAAGAAAACUCAAGAAAUGAUUAACUACAAUAAUAAACAUAAUAAUUAUAAUAGAAUUAUAGUAAAUUAUAAUAUAAUUAUAAUAUAAUUAUAAUAUAAUUGUUUUGUCAUUACAAAGUAAAUAUUUGAUGCUCGAGUCAGAAAUGAUCCAGCAACCGCCAAGCGAGGGUUAACAUGUAUCGCAUGUACCUGAGUCGCGAUAAGGAUAAAUCUGCCGAAAAAAAUUUGACACGCGACAACCACCACUGAAGAAUACUAAUCAUAAUCACCUUAAUGGACAUUUUUCGGCGAUUUGCUGGAACACCUGCUUGUUUCUCGCCAAAAAAUGACUGACAAGUUAAGGUAUAAACUCAUGCCCUUUCAUUUCGUAUUCCGUGUGCGUGUAUUUUUUGAGGUCAGCAAAUUUUUACAAAACGGUGAAUCGACGGUUAUUCAUUAUCUAUAUAUAGAAAAAACAUUCUCGCGAACUAAUUAUUGUUCGCCGACCAUUGACGUUGUGCGGACGGGCCAGAUGUUAUUUAUGAAGUCUUUUUUCUCUUUUCUUUUUUUAUUCCUCGUAUAUAUUAUUGUCGUUUUUAUUACUAUUACUAUUAUUAUUAUUAAUAUUAUUUUCUUUUUGUUUUUUAAUCAAACGAAGUCCCGCAUAAACAGUAUACUCGCGGGCGCGGUGCCCGACGUGUGAGUCGAGAGAGAGAGAGAGAGAGAGAGAGAGAACAGUGUGAAAGAACAUAUGACGUUGCGAAAAUAAUGAUAACGUAUGAAAGAGAACGAAAUUUAAAUGAGAAAAGAUGAGAUAUGCGUUCGGAUGUAAGAACGAAAGUUAUCCAAAUGAGUAAAAAUAGCAAGCAAACAAACAAACGUCAGGUGAUACGUAGUACCAUCUCUGCGAAUCCUGUGUACAAAGUCAUAUAGAAGAAGAAGACAAUUCGGUAUUCGUGCGGUCGCUUAACCAAAUGGACACAACCCAACUAUACGCAUAUAUAUCGAUAUAAACGCGAAUGACAAACCAAGCAUAAGACUGAACCUACUGGGAAAGGUAUAACCACAGUUAGGCGGUCCGCACGUCUAGCCAACAUCCGACCUCAUAUUCAUAAAACAAGGACGAUCCCGACUAAACGGAAAGCAUCGUUCGCGAAUCGCGUCGGAACGAAUUUGUUCACAUCGAUUUUACCUAUUGUCGAUAACGCUUGUCUCGAUGAUUGUUGCUCGUCUUUCCUUUCUUAGGUCUCUUAGCUUUCCGUCUUAGCUCGUGGCCCUCGUCGAUUCGCCCCCUGAUUGACCCACGCGGACAUCAAUUUAUGAAUAUGCGAGUCGUUAAAAAAAAUAAUUAAAAAGUAAAAAAAAAGAAACAAAGGGGUGGUGCAUCAGCUAGUGUUUAGAUCGGAUAAGCGCCUCAUUGAAGAGAAAGAGAGAGGAAGAAAUAACGAAAGCUCACUCGAGGAUGGUUCUCGUAGCCGAUAAAUACUAACCUAUAAGACAGCCUGCCAAGAAUCAAAAUACUGUAAAAUAUCAAACGAACGCUAGCCAGUACAGAAUGCUAAGAUCUAUUUUUUAAGAAGCGAAUGUAUAUUUUUGUACUAAGGCAGGCCUUAGUGUGAAUCGUGUAUUCUUGCGCGUAAUGGCAAGACGAGAGCUGUGAUCAUAAUAUCAUUUCGGCUUAGCGAGAGAACAUAUAAAGACAAAAAAAUUGAAGGGGAAAAUAAAAGAGGAAUACGAGAAGAAAAUAACAGAAGUAACGCGGCGAUUACGUGUUCACGGAAAAGCAUAAAGAGAGAGAUAAUGAGGCGAAUGUUCUCCUGCUAGCGUUAUUACCGAGUGGGCUAUAGAUACAAAAGGGGUGGCGAUAAAUCGAGAACAAAACAUCUGUGAUAAAACAUAAAAUCUUAGAAAGGGUGCUCGAGAGAAAGAGAGAGAGAGAGAGAGAGAGAAAAGGUGGCGAAAGAGAGGAAGUGAGAAAAAACAAGCGCGCGUUAAAUGAUAUAAUAAGAAAACCUAAAGUAGGAAAAAACGUUGAAACAAAAUGCAACACAAUAGGGGGGAAUAAUAUAGGUAAAAGACGGAACCCUACGUGUAUUAGGGAAAUGAUACGCAAGACAUGCAAUUCCUACAAAAGAAAAACAAAAUGUGUAUAGAAGUGCUUCUAGAAGAUCUAUUGUGCGAAAAUAAUAAUAUUCGUCGUGCGUAUGACUAAUCGACAGAUGGAGACUGUCUUUCGACGAGAUAGCCCGGUCUAACUAUUGUAGUGGUUACCGUCUUGUCGUAUCCUUGUUUAAGGAGCGAACGCAUUCGAUCGUCAUGUGGGUUUCGAUGAACGCUCGCGCUAUUAUCUCAACGAGAAACAUUCGACCGAUGGGAAAAGCUAAUGAAGGGUUCUUGAUGUUUGCGAUUCUUCGAGUAAUAAGGAAAGCCAUACCAUACUAAACUAUAUAGAACGUUACUUAAGCGAACCAGACAUUCCACGCUACUGUCGGUUAUAUAGUAUCGCAACGCUGUAGUAUAUAUACAUAUAUAUACAUAUGUAUAGUUAAUUUAGUACUAUGAUUAAUUUCAAGCAAAGAAUAGUCGUUGUUGCGUUGAUUCUGUAAAAAGAUCUAAUGAUCUGUCCGCAAUCGACGUACACAUAUAUACAUGUAUUUCCAUCAAUUGUAUUCGAAGCUAUGCAAAGAUCGUGGAACUAUACCAAGAACUAAAAAAGCCCGCCUUCAUCAUGCCCACAUGAUAACUCGGCAUAAAGUCAGGACGUCGUACACCACGAGUAGUAUUAUAAGUUCCUAAAGAAAAGAAAAAAAAAUAUUUUACACUCUUAAGUACGAUAGAACGAAGCCGGCAUUACGAAUAACUCAUCUCACACGAACAAGGCGUUCAAGGCAUUCGGUUCGAUGUAUGUAGUUCGUUAGAUGAUUCCGUUCUGUUUUAUGGGAUUGUAAAACGCUUUUCAAACGCAGCACCAGUAACGUUUUUCUUUUCUUGUCUUUUUUUACAUAUACAUAUAUAUAUCUAUCUCUCUAUCUAUCUAUAUAAUAUAUAUACAUACACAGAUAUCUAUAUAACAUAUAUAUAUAUAGUUAUAUAGAUAUAUAGAUAUAUAUAAUUUACAAGUACGUGUAUAAUCCAUUCCAAUCGACGAGGCGGGCGUUAUGGAACGUAACGGUAAAAAUGUAAAAAUUGGAAAGGAUGGUUCCGCAUUGGAUGAAGAAACUAAACAGGAUAAAACUUUCGCGAAAGGCAAGGAAAUAUUAUAGUAUGUAUGUAAAUGGUAUCGUUCAAACGUCAUGUGUGUGUGUGUGUGUGUGUACACACACACAUAUACAUAUAUAUAGAUAAACAAUGAACGACACAUAUAGACCGAUAAACUCGAUAGAUAACAUGAAAAACGCGGGUUAAUAAUUUUACGUAACGUUACUAUAUAUAUAUUCUCGGUUAUUUUAUUACCGCCGUCUAUUUGACUAUAAAAGUUGAAUCGUCUUGAGGUUUGUUCGAGAAUCCGCACUGUGCAACAACCGACAUAGACGACAAGGAGAGAGAAACGAUAUUCCGUAACUCCUCACUCGAUACGUAACAAGUGCUUAGAAGGAUAUUUACCAAAACGCAGCGUUAGAUAUUUGUAUAUAAGUUAAUAAGGGCUGAGGUAACAAAACGCGAGCAAGCUAUUUUUUAUCGUUGGAUCGCGAGAUAAGGCGGAACGAACUCCGCCGAUAAAGUAUCUUCCAUGAGAAUAAAAGAAGAGAGAAACAUUUGCGAAGUAAAAAAAAUGAAGAAAUUAGAAAAAAAACAAACAUGACCGGGCCCACAAUAAACGUCGCUGUGUUAUAUUUGUUCGUGAAUUAAUUGAAGUCCUAGCUCUAUAGACGCAUGUAUAUGUACCAAAAAGAAAAAAGAAAAUUUGUACGAAAGAAGGAAAGAGGAAAAGAAAAACACAUACGAUGUGAUUAAGGAUUUUUAAUCACGGUCAUCGUGUUUGCUAAAUUGGGAUUUCGAAACUGAAUAACGUUAAGCUCUGUCUGCACUGAGGCAAGAAAGAGGAACUCUUUUUCGCCCUUUGUUACUGCAUGUUCCAAAAUAUUUUCAAUGAACAGCAACAUUACAAAAAUAUUUUGUUCACACUGAUGCAAUAUUCGACAACAAGUAGCGACUUUCUCAGGAGACAGGAACAGCAAUGUGAAGUUCACCGUUGUCGCUUCAGUGGAGACAGGGCUUUAAAUGACGCGUCUCACGCCGAACAACGAUCACCCUGAUGCCGGAUCGUUCAAAUUCGAUUUAGUUUCUACGUUUUACGAUGUGUCGGGUCAUUCCCCCCAUCGAUAAUAGUCGAGAAAGAACGAAACUCAAAACCGUUAUAGCAUUUUCUCAGUUACAAUUAACAAUAUCCCAUGCACUAAAAUAUUUACAAGAAUGCACAUGAAAGAUCGUUCGCCGGUGGGAUAACGUUAUCUUGACGCGUUUGACACGUUAUUAACCGCGUAACGCUCGAAAAAUUUUUCAGCGGAGUAUAGAAUUAUCGCUUCGCGUCAUAUGAACAUAUUUCCCUGGCUCUCGAUGCCAUAGCGCCUCCGAAAUUCACCGCUCGCUGAUGUUUUAUUCCAAGAAAAAAAAAAAAGAAAAGCUCGAGAUCGUUUCGUAUUGAUGAUCCAAAUAUACUUUUCAACGUAAAACAGUGCUCAAUCGGUUUCGUUCUCAUCGAAGCGAGCUUGCAUCGGUGUCGCGUCAGCGUUCCAUAUUUAACGAGACAAAAUAAUGUAUAGUUUAGUAGUGCGUUACGAGAUAGUGUUUAGUUUAAUCUCUCUGUUGAGAUAUAGAUCGAUUCUCUCGUGCAAUAUCGCGUCGAUAUAAAAAUUUGCAUUUUCAAUUAUAUUCAGGGAUUUGAUCUAUUUUUCGUCCGGUUAAUACUUAACCUAUUAAGGACCAAAGUUAGGUUAAUAUAAUGUCUUAUAUUUGUAACUUCUAUUUAGGCAACUUAUAUUAUUAAAUUUCAUCCAAUGCACAUUGCAAUUAUAAAAAGAAGUUUCACGAAUUUGCUCGAUAUUUUUUUCAUUGCCAUUUUUUCUUCCAUAUAUAUGCGUAAAUCCUAGAAUUUUGUAAGAUUUAAGGAAAGUAAAAUAUUUUAUAUUACUAUAUGAUAAAUUAUUUUGUUCAAAUUGUAGAAAUUCCCUUGGUGGGGAGAAUAAUUUACCUUAUUUGUGCUUUAUAAUAAUGUUGGUUUACACAAUUUCAACACAUUAUUUUUCUGUUUGGUUCUUAAUCGGUUAAUUUCACCACGUUCCGCGGGGGGCAUGUCCAUAGGAAUAUCGCUUCUAUUGCGUACUUCGGGUGUAAGUCUAUCUAAUUCUUCCUUAUAAGGACGCGUUUAACGGCGUAUAUUGUACGAUUCCAUUGCAGUUAAUAGUUUAAUCAGUUUCGCCGCGGUUUUUUAACAGUGCAAUGUACGCGUGCUACACGUCCACCGCGUGCGAGUUAAAGUGUUAAAUCGGACAUUCUCUUCGCGUGAUUUCAGACAAAGGGAGAGAUAGACCGAAAAAACACGAUGGUUACCAUGUUGAAUGCCACGGAUAAAAUCGUGGCCUCUGUCACACUUUUUUAGUCGUCGUAGGCACAACGUGUUUCGAACCCAUUUAGUGCACUUGGAAGUUUCUCACGUAGAAUUCGAUAUACUAUUGUAAAAGAAAAAAAACUACGUAUAACUUUGUAAAUGUUCUCUCCAAAUAUGUUCAACAAAAGAAGAAAGAAAAAUGAAGUUGAAUAUAUACAUAUAUCUCGAGCGAAGAAUUCGUUCUCCGGUCGAGCAUUGAUUUUUUCGUAAUCUCGGUGUUUCAGAGGUUAAUGUUUAUACAUAUAAUAGUAACGACAUAUAUGUGUGUAGUUGAAUAACGUUUCGAUCGAGUUAAACGCGUAAAAACAGUGACUCGAUGUUGUAUCGCGUUAGAAAGAUGAAUGCAACGGUGUUUGGACUUGCUGUUUUUGAGACUGAACGUGCGAUAUCUAAACGCGUCAAGCGAGCCCUGUCUAGUGCACCUGUUCCAUUAUUUUCUUCCGCGUUGUUGAUGGCAUUCUCCAAUCUCAAGUCAUUGAUUUCUAACUCGUAUUUUGACGGUUCUUAUGUCUUCAAGAUAUCUUGGAAGAAAGAGCAUGACACGCGUAAUACAAUGCCACACGCUUAUUUCUUCUUUGGUAUUUCAACUUCAUAUUCGAAUUAUUCGUUUCCCUUUUAUUUUCCAAAUACAGUAGGACCCCCUAUAGCACGAAAGAUACGUUCUGUAUUAUAUGAGACUCAAAAUGUAAAAAGUUAAAAUUAAAUAAAAGAUUUUUUGUUUAAUAUAAUAAAAGGUAAUAUGUAUUUUAGUUUAUUUUGAUACGGUAAAGUUUUCUUCACUAUAUGUAUGGAACGUAACUUAAAAUAAAAGUGUAGGUGAAGUUAAAAUUUUACCACUCUUAGAAUCACUUAAAAUUAAUUUCGACAUCACUUUUUGAAUAUUAGUAGCUUUUUCGUCGGUUAAAUUUUCUUUAGUGUCAGGGUUUGUAUUUUCUUUACUGUAAACGUUUUUUCUGGUACUCUUUCCUUAAAAAGUAUUUCAUUUCGCAUUCAUUGUUAUUUUCUAAGUUAUGUUAUACAAGGGCAGUAACAAUUUUUUUAUCACUUUAUAUGGUGUCCUACUGUUUUUGGUUCUCCUAACGAAUCUUUCUUUCAUGAUAUCGAUUCAACAUCGAAUUUAGGUAAUGUUUAAAGAAUUCGUAGAGUGUAUCAACGUGGAAUAUCAACGUGUAUAUUCGCGGAAAUAAAUCAAAUGUAACGCGAACAACUUUAUUUUUUGCUGACGCGGUAAAAAUCCAAUGAAGGUUUAAACAGGGGCAAGGGUGGGAGGAAGAAAAUCAAAGAAAGUCUCCUUUUACUGUUACUUGCGAUUCGUCGCGAAAUGUUGUCUAAAAAGGAACCAAUCUCCAUGUAAUAUGUAUCUCUACGUAUUAAUAUAUAUAUAUAUAUAUACUUAUAA